CGUGACCAAGAGCUGACGUGUGCAGAAGUCCUUCUUGUUCUGGUCGUUGUUCCCGUCUGAGUACCAGCUCCCCAUUGCCCUGAGGGCGAGCGGGCCUGCAGCAGAGGCAAGAAGGAGGAGGAGAAGGAAAUUGUCCCGGAUCCCUGCAGUCUUUCCGUAGGUUGCGGCACUACGCCAGGCUAGAGAAGAGGAAGGAAAUUAACCCCGAUCGGUGAAGGUCGAUUUGAGGGUCUGCUGUAGCAGGUGGCACCACUUGAAGCGAGGGAGGAAGUUUCCUCAGAUCAGUAGAGAUUGCAAGGGUUGUUAGGCGUGGCACACCUCCAGGGGAGGGAAGAAGGGGCAAACUGCCUGUCUGAAGGAGGUCCACCUCCAGAAUCAGCUGUUGUGGCCUUGAAGUGGCUGAAGACAAUCAUCCUCCAAAGGCCGGCACCCAGGCCAGGCCCAUAGCCCUCUUCCCCCAGCCUGUGACUGCUCUGUUCCUUGGUCCCUGAUAUCGUCAGGGACGAUUGCAUGGGCUACGCCAGGAAAGUAGGCUGGGUGACUGCAGGACUGGUGAUUGGGGCUGGCGCCUGCUAUUGCAUUUAUAGACUGACCAGGGGAAGAAAACAGAACAAGGAGAAAAUGGCUGAGGGCGGAUCUGGGGACGUGGAUGAUGUUGGGGACUGUCCUGGGGCCAGGUACAAUGACUGGUCUGAUGAUGAUGAUGACAACAGUGAGAACAAAGGUAUAGUAUGGUACCCACCUUGGGCCCGGAUUGGGACUGAGGCUGGGACCAGAGCUAGGGCCAGGGCAAGGGCCAGGGCUACCCGGGCUCGUCGGGCCGUGCAGAAAAGGGCUUCCCCAAAUUCAGAUGAUACUAUUUUGUCCCCUCAAGAGUUGCAAAAAGUUCUUUGCUUGGUUGAGAUGUCUGAAAAGCCUUAUAUUCUCGAAGCAGCUUUAAUUGCCCUGGGUAACAAUGCUGCUUACGCAUUUAACAGAGAUAUUAUUCGUGAUCUGGGUGGUCUCCCAAUUGUUGCAAAGAUUCUCAAUACUCGGGAUCCCAUAGUUAAGGAAAAGGCUUUAAUUGUCCUAAAUAACUUGAGUGUGAAUGCUGAAAAUCAGCGCAGGCUUAAGAUAUACAUGAAUCAAGUGUGUGAUGACACAAUCACUUCUCGCUUGAACUCAUCUGUGCAGCUGGCGGGACUAAGAUUGCUUACGAACAUGACUGUUACUAAUGAGUAUCAGCACAUGCUUGCUAAUUCCAUUUCAGACUUUUUUCGUUUAUUUUCAGCAGGAAAUGAAGAAACCAAAUUUCAGGUUUUGAAACUCCUUUUGAAUUUGGCUGAAAAUCCAGCCAUGACUAGAGAACUGCUCAGGGCCCAAGUACCAUCUUCACUGGGUUCCCUGUUUAAUAAGAAGGAGAACAAAGAGGUGAUUCUUAAACUUCUGGUCAUAUUUGAGAACAUAAAUGACAAUUUUAAAUGGGAGGAAAAUGAACCUACUCAGAAUCAAUUCAGCGAAGGUUCACUUUUUUUCUUUUUAAAAGAAUUUCAAGUGUGUGCUGAUAAGAUUCUGGGGAUAGAAAGCCAUCAUGAUUUUUUGGUGAAAGUAAAAGUUGGAAAAUUCAUGGCCAAACUGGCUGAGCAUAUGUUCCCAAAGAGCCAGGAAUAACUUCUUGAUUUUGUAGUUUAGAAGCAACACACAUUGUAAACUAUUCCUUUUCUCCACCUUGUUUAUAUGGUAAAGGAAUCCUUUCAGCUGCCAAUUUUGAGUAAUGAAUAUCAUAUUGUAUCAUCAACGCUGAUAUUUAUCUGAGUUGGUCUUCAGGUCUAAGCUGGAUGAAUGAAUAUCACUACCUGUUCUGAAAACAAGUUUGUUGCUUUUUAUCUCACUGCCUAGAUUGAAAUAUUUUUACUAUUUCUUCUGCAUAAGUGACAGUGAACCAAUUCAUCAUAAAUAAGCUCCCUCCUGUCAUGGGCAUUGACUUAAUUUGUGUAUCAUCAAUAAAGUUGUGUGUUAAUGCUGGAAAAAAAAAGAAAGAAGAAAAAGAAACCAUCCUUGUCUUUUGGUUUAUAAUCUAG